UUCUAGGAUUUGCUGUCUGUUUCACUGAACUCUUUAAUCUAUAUCUCUUUUUGAAGUCUGUGCUUCGAAUAUUCUUGAUUCUUGAUUUCUUGAAUCUGAAACUGAAGUGAAUCGCAAAUUAUUGCCAAUUUGUAAAGCUAAUUUAAGGUUUCCAAAGAGGUGUGAAAAUGAGUUGUCCAUUCAGUGAAGAGCAGCUAACACAGCUGAAGGCUUUUGUUGACCUUUGCACAGCUCAGCCGGUGAUAUUGCAGCACCCUAAAUUGUCUUUCUUCAAAGAAUAUUUAACGAACCUCGGCGUCAACAUUCCUACUGCUACAUUCGAGCCUAAAACUUUCUCGGCUUCCGGCGAUAGUAAUGCCACCAAUGCUAACACCGAAGACAAUGCAGCUAUUUCAUCAGAAGAGGAAUCAGAGGAAGAAUCUGAUGUGGAACUCAAUAUGGAAGGUGUAAUAUCAGAUACAUCAGAAGCUAAUCAGGAAAUGGGAGACGAUUCAAAGGAAGUGACUGAUGAAGAACGCGACCAAUCUGACGAGAAACGCUCAGAGGCUAUGAGGGCCUUCUCUGAACAGCAGUUUGAUGAGGCCAUUGCUUUGUACACUGAGGCCAUAAAACUCAAUCCUCAAAGUGCACUGCUUUUUGCUAAAAGGGGACAGGUGUUUUUGAAACAAAACAAGUUACACGCUUGCAUCAAAGACUGCACCCGCGCUCUAGAACUCAACUGUGACAGUGCAGCUGCAUACAAAUUCCGAGGGCGAUCCUACAGGCUCCUGGGCAAAUUCGAGGAGGCGCUGCAUGAUCUGUGCGAGUCGCUCAAGAUCGACUACGACGACCAGACCAACGAGUGGCUCAGUGAGGUGAAGCCGAACGCUGAGAAACUGCGCCAGCACAAGUUGACUGUUCAACGUAAAAAGGAAGAGAAAGAGCACAACGAGAAGUUGCGCAGGGCACGCAAAGCUCAGGAAGCUCGGGCCAACGCAGCCAAGAGUCAAGCGGAGUCUCAGCAAUCGUUCCCUAACGCGCCACCCGGUAUGGGUGGCAUGGGUGGUAUGGGUGGCAUGGGCGGCAUGGGUGGCUUUGAAGCAGCCGACUUCAUGAAACUGCUCUCUGACCCCGAGAUUGUUGCAGCUUUUAAGGAUCCUGAAAUCGCCAACGCGUUUUAUGACGUGUCAGCAAACCCGGCUAAUUUCGUGAAGUACCAGAAUAACCCUAAAGUAGCCGCUGCGUUGGAGCUCUUGAAGGGGAAAUUCGGCGUUGGAGGCGCUGCUGCGGCUCCAGGAGGUUUCUCAGGUUUUGAAGGUGCUAAGCCGGGUGCUGGAACUAAAACUUCAUCUGAUGACGACGUUGGUUUGGAUUAAACCAAAAUUUGUUUGGUUUAUGAUUUUCCACAUUACAUAAUUGUUAUAUGUUAAAAAUCACAAAAAAAUAAUAUUAUUUUAUGAUGUUUGUUGUGCAGGGUGCGAAGAAUGUUUUACAAAAAUGCUAGUUUUUAUUAAAGACUGAUUGUUUAAUACACAAACCAAAAUAUUUCCAAAUAAAUUUAAUCCAAAUCACAGCUUACAUAACAGUUUGUCAGUCAUUAUUAUUAUGUGUAAUAAAAUCCCUUCUAAUCAGUAUAAAUUUUCAUGGAUUAAAAUAAAUUUCUUUUUAUCUCGUUAUUUAAAAUUAUAGAGUGUAGAAUUCAGCAAAGUCCCAUUCAUGAAUUAAGAUAGUUAUUAACUUUAAAAUAGGAAUAUUAAUAGGAUUAAAUUCCACUGGUUCUUAAUAAAAAAAUUUCGGUUGGUCCAAAAUUUUCUGAACACACAAAAAUAUCGAAAUUUUUAAUUUUGUAUGGAACUACACAAAAUUCUGAUGGUGGUCGUUUAUUGAAGAAUUUUAGAAUUAUCUCUAAAGUUAAUUAAAUUAGUUAAAAAGCAAUUUUUUUUUUGUUGACAUUCCACCAAAUUUAACUACGCAUCCGACAAUAAAACAUUUUAUUUUUUAAUUUUAAAACGGGCAGGUGUAUUACAUUUAAAAUAUACCAGUUUGGUUAUGUUUUGUAUUUUAAAAUAUUCACCUUCUAUUCUAUAUUUGUAACUAGAUGAUAUAAUGAGGCCAGUACACGGGUCGAUUUUCGCCGUGUGUCAAAUCAUCGUUUUCUGACCUAGUGGCCAAAACUGGAACUAAUUCCAUCGGUCGCCAUUUUGAAACACAAUAUACUAAAACGUGACAUCAAGGACACUCACAGGGCCAGAUGAGUUUGUAACGAUAAACACUGGUCGACAGAAACAGUUCAAAAUAGUUCAUUUAUUCACUCAUUAAUAAUUAAUUCAACUAUGAACUAAUUCGACUGCUUGGUGAACAUAUUAUACUCAGAGGCACAAUUAUUCGCCCACUUUAAUAUGAUGUGAGUUUUAUUCAUAGUUUUUAACUAUCUUUAGGUACAAAGCUCAAAGCACCUCAUGCAACUAACCGUUGAUUUGUCACCUGUCGCGUGCUACUAAUCGUCGCACGGCUAAAGUAGGACGCCAUCUUUACUUUGGUUGAGUUUAGUUACAGUCUGGCAAGUUCGUUGAUGACACUCCCAUGAUAUGCGGGCGACAGGGGGAAAGACUGCGGGUGUGAAAUCGUGCGUGUGGGGAAGUGACGUGCACCAGUCGUGGGUUUUUCAUUCAUCGCUACACGCUCCCCCCGGCCCGCGCGCAACAUCGGGAGUGUUACGAACGAAGUUGCCAAGCUAUAGCCACGUGUGGCAUAGUUGGAUUGUCAUUUAGGCGAUCGAUUUUUGCCGUGCGUCGGAAAUCGACCUGUGUAAACCCUGUCUAAAAUAAUAUUUAAAUGUUUUGAAAAUCUGUGAAUAUCAAGAUUGCAGAAAUUAUAAUAUCGUAUUGUAUAAAGAUUGAGAAAUAGGUGUGCCUUCAGUUAUAUUUUUUUAAUUUUGUAGUGGCCUGUUAAUAUUGUUCCAUAAUUACAAUUUAAUGAGUUACGCAAAUGUAGAAAGCGACUACAAUAUAUUUACUUAAGAUGAAUUAAUUACCUAUGUAUAUUUUUUAUUUCAUUGUUGAAAUAUAAAAGUAUUUGCAUUUACGUUAAUUAAACACAGCUAUAUUAUUGUAUGUCUUAAUUUGUCAAUUCGGUCCACCAAAAAUGUACUUUAAUAUAAUUAUGGUAAUAAUAAAAAUGUGAAUAUUAUUUGUA